AUGACGUAUAAUCUAGACGAGUUAGAAGCUCCGGAGUGGUUGAAUGAUGAGUUCUUCUGCAAUGUGAUGCGUGAAUCGAAUAAUGAUCCAACGAUCGAGCUCACGAGUGCGUGUGUUUUACGGCCGGGUACGAACAAAGGUGAUCAUUAUGCAAGUGUCAUGUUCCGGACGACUGUAAAGUAUCGAUCAAAGCGCAACAAUGAGGAGAAAUCAGUCAACAUCAUCAUGAAAACGAAACCGGAAGCAGAAGGUCUUAAGAAGGAGCUGCUUGACGAUGAUAGCCUGUUUGCGAUUGAAUUAGAAAUGUACAGCAAAACUCUACCAGAAAUGGCAAGAAUGUUGAAGGAAAUUGGAGAGGAGUACAAGUUUCCGCGAUACAUUUAUGGAAUGCUGAAACCUCGAACCAUCCUUAUAUUGGAGGACAUCAGUGACCAGGGAUGGGUGAUGGGAGAUUUUAUCAGCACCUUUGAUGACAUGAAGCCGAUAGUGAAAGAUAUAGCAAUGUUCCAUGCUGCAUCCGUGAUGAUAGAAAGCUCAAAUCCUACAUUUGCCGACAUACAUACUCACUCCAUGGGUGAAAAGUUCAUGGCCUUCGAGGGAAUGAUCAAUAAAGGUUUUAGAGACAUGAUGCAGCUGACCGCUUCAUACCCAGAGUUUGCCCAUUUUGCGAAACCCUUAGAGAAGUUUAAGGCGAAUCUUCGUGAGUUUUACGUUACUAUCGAUGAUCCAACCAAAACGUACCAGAACGUGUUGAUACACGGUGAUUUUCAUUAUAAAAAUAUGCUGCACCAAGUCGAUGCGGAAGGACGUCACACGGAUACGAUACUGUUGGACUAUCAGAUCUGUUGCUGGACUACACCUGCCAUCGAUCUGUACUAUCUGCUGGAUAUGAUACCAACGCAAGAGAUUAAGGAUAAACAUAGGUCCGAGUUGAUUUACAUGUAUUACCAGCAGUUUAGCGAUUUGUUGAAGCGGUUAGGAUUUUUGGGAAAGAUUCCAAGCUUGUUGGAUUUACAGAUAGAGCUACUCCGAUAUGCAGGACUCGAAUUGUUCCACUACGUCGUCUUCGACUCAUUCCGAUACUUGGAUCAAAGUACAGUCGAUAUCGAGGGAUUUCUGAAGGGUGAAAUCGAGAAUCCCGUGUUAAACAAUCCCGAGUUCAAGAAGCUAAUGCAUACCGAGUUAACAAGAUUCCUGCAUCAGGGGACGUUAUGAAUUG